AUGGCUAACAACGGAGAUGCUACGGAGUUUACUCAGGAAGCCGUGAACAUGAACACAGACGGAAAGGCCGAGAAGGCUAGGGAUCAGAAGAUCCAUAGCUUGCAGGCGGGUGAAGUUGGACUUAAGUAUCAUCAACCAACAAGCAGCCUCUACGAAAGCGACGCCAUCACCAUCAAAACCGGCCUAGGCCCGUACACCCGCUACACCAUCCCCCGAGCAGUCCUAGCCAAAACACCCUCUUUCCCUCAACCCGCCGGCAACAAGCGGACCAUAACGCUUAGCUACGUCGACAGCGACAUCGGCCAUACCCUCGUACAUUACCUCUACACCGGAACCUACCAGACCCUUCACGAGCCACUGGCACGGUCUGCAGAGUUCAGAGAGAAGGUGGAAUAUAACCGGAGCGUGUUGACAUACCGGGCAGCCGUCAGUUACGGACUUGACGGGUUAGCGGAGCAAGCGAAGAAGUACAUGAAGAUUUUCGACAAAAAUAUUUCAGUCCAUGAGAUCCUUUCUAUCGCAAAGGAGACGUUUGUGUCCGCGGAGAAGGAUGCGUGGUUUUCGGAGUACCUGAGCGAGACUAUCAAGAGCAGGUUUGAAACGGACGAGGAGGCCUUUAGAGAGGAGGGAUUCUGUGAGGCGUUUGGUGCGAUCCCGGAGUUUAGUAAAUUCCUUGCGAGGCUCAUGUCGGAUAUCUAUGCCGAUAAACUGGAUGCUCUUCGUUGUGAGUGUGAGGGACUCAGGCAGGCCAGCGUCAACGGCAGUAAGUCUCAGCCUCGAGUGUCUCGGGCUCCUAGACUCCAAGGGCCCGACUGUGGCAGCUCCGCCGAAAUGACGACCGCUAGCGGCUCUGAUGAGGAAAGCUCUGGUGAGGAAGACUCUGGUGAGGAAGACUCUGGUGAGGAAGACUCCGAUGACGAAGAGUCCGAUGAGGAAGGCUCCAGUGAGGAAGGCUCCAGUGGGGAAUACUCCGAUGAAGAAGAAUCGGACGAGGAAGACUCCGAUGAAGAAGAAGACUGCGAUGAAGAAAACUCUGACGAAGAAGACUCUGAUGAGGAAGGCUCAGAUGAGGAAGGCUCAGAUGAGGAAGGCUCUGAUGACGAAGGCUCUGAUGACGAAGGCUCUGAUGACGAAGGCUCUGAUGACGAAGGCUCUGAUGAGGAAGGCUCUGAUGAAGAAAACUCUGACGAAGAAGGCUCUGAUGAAGAAGGCUGCGAUGAAGAACACUCUGUUGAAGAACACUCCGACAAGGAAGACUCUGACAAGGAAGAAUCCGAUGACCAAGACUGCGAUGGCGAAGAUUGUGAAGACGACAGUGAUGAAGACUCCAAUGAAGAGGACACCGAUGAGGACGAAUCCCAAGAUACAUGGACCAACAUCUACACACCAAGCGCAAGCAGUGACGAAGGCCCCGAAAGCAAGGACACCAAGCCCUUCUGCUACGUCUUGUGA